AUGGUGAAAGUGAUUGGGGUUUGGGAAGGAUAUGUAGGGGAUAAAUGGUUAAUAAGAUCUGUAAUGUUGUUUUUGUCUGUCAACAAAAAUCCGUCGUCAAUGUAUCUACAAAAAAGGAAAAGUCCAGUGGUGUCGCGUUCCGAAAAGAAAGUUAAUUCCCUGAGCAGCAAAAUCAGGUCAGUUGCUGUUCACACCGGCGAGGCGAUUCAACUUGACUUCUUACAUAGAAAAAUCCCACACAUUCUAUACUUCAUCUCAUGUACGGCGUCUAUUUUAACACUCGUUGCACUUACUGUGGAUAGAUAUGUGGCCGUAUCGUCGCCAGUGAAGUACAAAACAAUGGUUACCUCCACAUCAAUUUGGGUGGCAGCGCUGGGGUUUUCCUUUGUAUACAUUGAACUGGGAUUCAUAUUCUACUCCUUUGUUUUUGCAAACACUACUGUUCUCAGCACGUUUGGGGUUCUAAUCUUUGUUCCCGUAGGAAUACUUAAAAGACUACGACAGAGAUCGAGAUAUUGGCAAAAGAGGAGAGCAGAGAAGGGGACGGGAUCUGAUGAACAGGAGAACCAGAAAAAUCCUGUCAAUACAAAGGACAGCAAGGCAACCAAAGCAUUAAUGAUUGUGCUUCUUGCAUUUUUUGCCUCGUGCACGCCAGCCUGUGUUAUGAUGUAUUUGUUAAAUUUUUGCUUAGGCUGUAGUUGUGUGUUGAUCCAUUGGUUGCGGGAUUUGCAAUGCUUAAUCGUUUUGUGUAAUUCUGGUAUCAACCCUUAUCUAUACGCAUGGAGGCUUCCUCAGUUCAAAAGAGCCUUCUACAAAUUUCUUUGUCUCAAGACACGUGCUAAGAUAAGUGACAUUACUAAAACAUCAGUUCACGCCACUGGCAAGCAAAAAACUAGCUAA